GGAACGCCAGGACAUCCUCGAGGUGUUCCGCUGCCUCGCUGCGUGCUGGAAUGGGGGCUUCGGGGCUGUAAAACCGCCAGAGGGGCUGACACCUGGUCCGGUCCGGGGAGCGGAGACUCUUUUUGCCUAGUUUCAAGGCCGACUGGGCCGGGAAGCAGCUCCUGAACACCGCCCCCGGCUGUGCCUGGUGCCGUUUCGGCCCACUUUUCCCAACCUCGGCCCUUUCUCAUCUUCUGCACUCCUGCCACCCUGGCUGCCUUUCCCUUCUUUCAGGACAGGCUUGUUGCCCUGUCUGGCGUUGUGUGUCUGCGGUUGUUUCUGCCUGGCAUGCUUACCUCUUCGUAUGGCUUGCGCCUUCUUAGUUGUCAGUUAAUAGUAUCCCUCUGAGACAGGGUCUCGCUCUUUUGCCCAGGCUGGAGUGCAGUGGCGCGAUCGUAACACUGCAGGCCGGAUGCGGUGGCUCACGCCUGUAAUCCCAGCACUUUGGGAGGCCGAGGCGGGCGAAUCACCUGAGGUCGGGAGUUCCAGACCAGCCUGGCCAAUAUGUCUCCUUAACCAAAACUGCCAAGAAAGGCUUGGAAUUGAAACAAAACCUGAUAGAAGAGCUUCGGAAAUGCGUGGACACCUACAAGUACCUUUUCAUCUUCUCUGUGGCCAACAUGAGGAACAGCAAGCUGAAGGACAUCCGGAACGCCUGGAAGCACAGCCGGAUGUUCUUUGGCAAAAACAAGGUGAUGAUGGUGGCCUUGGGUCGGAGCCCAUCUGAUGAAUACAAAGACAACCUGCACCAGGUCAGCAAAAGGUUGAGGGGUGAAGUGGGUCUCCUGUUCACCAACCGCACAAAGGAGGAGGUGAAUGAGUGGUUCACGAAAUACACAGAAAUGGACUACGCCCGAGCUGGUAACACAGCAGCUUUCCCUGUGAGCCUGGAUCCAGGGCCCCUGGAGCAGUUCCCCCACUCCAUGGAGCCACAGCUCAGGCAGCUGGGCCUGCCCACCGCCCUCAAGAGAGGUGUGGUGACUCUGCUGUCUGACUACGAGGUAUGCAAGGAGGGCGAUGUGCUGACCCCAGAGCAGGCUCGCAUCCUGAAGCUUUUUGGGUAUGAGAUGGCUGAAUUCAAGGUGACUGUCAAAUACAUGUGGGAUUCACAGUCGGGAAGUUUCCAGCAGAUGGGAGACGACUUGCCAGAGAGCGCAUCCGAGUCCGCAGAAGAGUCCGACUCAGAAGACGAUGACUGAAAGGGACUCAGGACUGAAGGUCUCCUGGAAUCUUCUGGGUCUCACUGGACCAUCAGGACUGCUGCCGCCUCUCUGGGGAGAGCAGCUUUUUAUUUGUCUGUAGACAGGGAAUGUGAUGGGCACUGACCUCCUGUAAAGAAUAAAACUCUGGGCUGUGCACGGUGGCUCAUGCCUGGAAUCCCAGCACUUUGGGAGGCCGAGGCGGGCAGAUCAUAAGGUCAAGAGAUUGAGACCAUCCUAGCUAACACGGUGAAACCCCGUCUCUACUAAAUAUAGAAAAAAAAAAAAAACUAGCUGGGCAUAGUGGCGUGUGCCUGUAGUCCAAGCUAGUCAGGAGGCUGAGGCAGGAGAAUCGCUUGAACCCUGGAGGCGGAGGUUGCCGUGAUUCUAAGAUUGGAGCACUGCACUCCAGUCUGGGUGACAGAGCAAAACUCCAUCCCCAAAGGAAAAAAAAAGGAAAUACAACUUUGCAGGAUGUCUCUCCUGGAGACAACAAGAGGGAGAGGGCUCUUUCUUAGAAAAGAGGCCUUUGGUGAGCCCAGAAGUUUGAAACCAGCCUGGGCAAUUCAGCAAGAUCCCGUCUCUACAAAAAAAUAAAAAUAAAUUAGGCAUGGUG